GAAAAAAAAAAAACUGUAGGACCCAGACUCCUUUGCUGCCAUCUCCUCCCCAUCCUGGCCUGGGAGGAGCUCUGAAAGCUGUGGGAGGCAGGUCCAGCCUCAGACUUAGGGAAUUGUUGCGCGUUAGUGAAUGUAGUGGAAGCUGCUAAAGCUGCUGGAGGGGGAGUUUGACGGUGUGGGAUCCAGUUUACAACCCAGACAGACGCACACAAUAAGCAGGAUCCCCUGCUGCAGGGUUACAGGAUAAGCCGCUCCAUCCCAGCGAGCAGCUGUCACACAAGGAAAUCUGUCUGCUUGCCCGGCUGGCACACAAGGGAGAGGAUGGUUACAAAGGUGUUUAGUCUCUUUCUUCAGCUCUGUUAUUAAAUGAGAAUUGACAUGAGCACUAGAAACACAUACUCUAGAAAUGAAGAGAGCAACGAGCAUUUUAGGAGGAGCCCAGAACCUCCAAGAGAAACAAGCAGCACACAAACUUACAUUGCUAAAAAAGGAACACACAGCAAAAUGAAGGAAAAUGAAGAUCUUGACACAGGAAUUAGCAGAAGAACAUCAAGUAGCCAUGAUCUUGACCAAAGCAGGAGCUCAGAUUGUGAUAAAAACAGUGAUUCAUAUUAUUCUGAUGAUUAUGAUGCAACAUAUGGGUCUGACCGGUCACAAACACCAAGCACUACAAGAUCUCCUCAUACCAAAAAAGUGGUCCAUAAAAUAGGAUCAGUUACACCUUUAAAAAACCAAGGUUUAAGAAAAGUUGGGUGCAAGUUUCCAUUAAAUAAAAAAGAAGGAAAAUGGGGGAUCCGCUCACAAAGCCUUAACAAGGAGUCUCCUUCAAAGGACAUAGAUCUUGUUACUAAAAGAGUCCUCUCCGCUAGACUAUUGAAAAUAAAUGAGCUUCGAAAUGAAUUGACAGAUCACCAGACUAAGUUGAAGGAGCUGCAAAACGAAAAUAAAAUUCUAAAAAGAUUGCAGUUUAGGCAAGAAAAGGCACUGACAAAGUUUGAGGACACAGAGAAUGAAAUCUCACAGCUUAUAUCCCGACACAACAAUGAGAUUCGAACACUUAGAGAUCGCUUACGGAAAUCCCAGGAGAGAGAACGAAAUAUGGAGAAGAGACUUAAGGAUGCAGAAGAGGAGCUGUACAGGACAAACAACACCUUAAAGAAGUUGAAGCAGCUUUCUGAAAACAGAAACCUUGCUGAGCGUGAAGAGCUAACUAAAAAACUAGAUAUUAUGGAAAGCAAACUGGAUGAAAAGGAGAGAAGGGUCAAGGACUUGGAAAAGAAUUUAGAACUGACACAAAGCAGUUUUCAGAGGCAGUUGCUUUCAGAAAAGAAGAAAGCUCACGAUGCACAAGAAGAAAAUAAGACAUUCCAAGAAGAGCUCCAAAGGCUUACGCAAAAACUAAAGGAAAAGGAACGGGAGCUUCAUGCAAAAAAUAUAUAUGCUUAUCGCUUGUCAAAGCCGUUGCCAAAGAAUAACACAGAAAUUACACCAAGAAGGAAAGGGACAAGCCAAAGCACAAGCAUAGGCAUCCAAACAAAUGAGACUGCCUUGCUGAUGGAGUCUUUUCCUACUCCACCACCUCCAGUUGUUCAAGCUGAUUCAUUAGAGCUGACGUGUGAGGAGGCACUUAAAGUGGAGCAGAAACAUCUCAAGAGGCUGCUAAAGGGGGAAGUGAAAUAUAAGAGAGAAAAAGAGAGAGCAGAGCAAAAAAUGGAAGAAGACCGAAAUGGUAAAGAACAAAAUAUUUUAGAAGACAAAGCACAAAAGCUACAUGAAGAAUGGGAAAUAGAUGAACCUGAGAGACAAAAAAAUAAACUUGAAAAAGAGAACACAGAAGAGGAAAGGCAUAAAAAAGAACUCUUGCUUGCUAAGAUGUUUGAAAUUGAUAGGGAAAAUGAAGGUACAGAGUACUUUGAUACUUUUAAGGGUGCUUCUCAGACAUCACCUUUUGAGUCAUCUUUGAGAAUUCAUACACCAGAGACAAAAUAUAAAAUCUACAAGCUCUCUGAUCCAACUCAGAAAGUGCCCAGUGGGCUCCCAGUCCAAGGGAGCCAUGAAGCCUCCUCAAAAUUAGAGGCGCCAGGCCACAUAAAUGAAAAUAGAGUUGAUCCAAAGGUUGACAUUUCAUUUGGCAGCUAUGCACCAUCCUUUGGAAAAGGUAGAUCAAGUGGAUCAGUUCUCAAUAAUGAAGAUUUAGAUGAAACAAUCAUAAGCACUGCCAAAUUAAAUAUACAAAAAGAGAGAAAGCCUAAUUUAAUGGAACAACUUUUUGGCAGUGGUCCGAGCACAACACUUCCCACUAUAGCUAAACACAGUGACUCCAAAGCGAGCCAUGAUGCAAGUAGUAUCCGACCAUGGGAGAAAAGCAGUGAGAUCAAAGUGAAAAAUGAUCUUUUCUCUGGAGAAGACAAAACUGGAAGCUCUAACAGACACCGUUCUCAGCUCCCGGCAGGAAGGCCUGUAGUGAAAGCUGUUGGCUCUUUUGAGGAUGAAAUUGAAGAAGUUGUGCUGCGUUAAAUUCUAAAAUUAGCCAGUGUGGUAAUUUUAUUUAAUUGAAAUAUUGUUCAUUUACAUUUUCUGUUUAACAAUUAAUAUGGGCUUGUUGUUUAGGGCAAUGAAAUGCAAGGCAUUUUGUCACCCACAUGAACCUUGUCCAAAGAGAUAUAGUGUAUAAUUGUACAAAAAUGUGUUAGGUUGCAUUUUAAUGCUAAUAUGCAAUUCUGCUAGUUGUCAAGGCUUUUCAUUGUUAUUUUCACAAGUUGUUCUUGCCUUGCGGGGAGCAUAUUUUCCUGCGGGUUACAAAACACCCCAGGUUCCAUGUUCCAAAACUGCCUGUUAAGAAGUUCCCAAAAGUACUUUUGAAUUCAAAACCAUUGCAAUCACCUUAUUGAAUCGUUUAAUCCUGUGAAAAUUUGGAACAAAGCAUCCUAACACAAUUGCGCAACUCAUCUGCUUAGGUACAGGGGAUUUCAUGACCGUUCAAUUCAAAAAGCUUUUUGUCGCCCAUAGGGAGCGCAAUUUGUCAGGGGUGGGGGGGGGGUCAUCCCCAGGUUGGUAUAAGGUCUGAAUGAUAUGUACCAUAAAUUUAAAAAUUGAUUUAUAUGUCAUAAAUGAUUUAGGAACACAAAGUGAUACUCUGAAACAAGUCUGUUGGUUCCAAUUCCUUAGUCCUAGCAAGCAAGUUAAAACGCUUCCUGACUGAGGCAGGAACUGUUCAGCCAGGGACCCUGCAGGUGUUAAACUACAACUGUAUCCCCAGCUGCUGUCAGUUCUCACUGGGUUUUCUAUGUCCAAUUCAGUAAAACAUAUUUUAUACUUUUUUGUGCACUUUAACAUACACAUAUUCAUAUACUGUAGACCCUUAGCUGUGAAAUCUGCUCUUUGGCAUUACUAUAGACACAUGCAUUUGAACACCAAGACACCAGCACAGGGGAAUAUGUCUGAAUUUCUCAUUCACUUAAUGCUGCUAUUGUGCGAUUGUUCGGAUACCCACAGAAUAUGGAUAAAGAAUCUAGGAUUUGGUUUGAGAUUCGUCUAAAUUUGAGCACAUCAUGAUUGGGCUGAAUCCUAAGAGAGAAAUGUAAAAGAAG